CACAACACGACUUUGUGUUCGUCUAUAAUCGCACAUAAAACACUGCGCCAUCUUACAUCAAACUAGCGCACUUUGAACCUAUCACCACCCACAAUAUAAUUCCAAAAUCAACAUGGCACCAAAGAGAAGCACGUCGUCGACUUCGGCGGCGCAGCGUAAUCAACCAACUCUCUCGUUCGGUAAGCAGGGAUCAGCCCGCGUCACCAAGACGGCCCUUGCCCAGCGCGAUUCGAAGACGACCAAGAAAGACAACGCCCUGCUCGAAGUUGUGUCAAAUCAUGCCAUCAACCAAGCCACUACCGCCGAUGCUGCCAUUGAAGAACAAGCCGACGCCGAGCUCGAGGAGAUCAAGGCUGUGAAGACCGAGGAAGCCUCCAGCGGCAAGGACGAAAUCGAGACAAGAGCCAGACGCAUCACAGAUGUGCAGAUCAAAAAGUACUGGCGCAGCAAGGAAGCCGACAGAAUAGCCCCGCGCGUACAUCAACAAGGGCUUGACGUGGCCGAGAAGAUUCUCCGAGAGUUCGACAUGAGUGGACAAUACGGUCCCUGCAUCGGCAUCGCCAGAGUCAAGCGGUGGAGGAGAGCAAGCACGCUGGGCCUCAACCCUCCUCUCGAAGUGCUCGCCGUCUUGCUCAAGGAGGGAGACAAGAACAAGACCAGAAUGCAGCGUGCUCACGUCGAUGAGUUGAUGAGCUCCAGAUUUAUCGAGACUUGAAGACGACAUGAUUCCACGACGACAACAAGGGAGGUUUGCUUGGACGGGCGAUUAGCAUGCAUGGAAUGGAGUUUUACGGCGCGAAAGAUUGCUUUUACAAGAUAGCUGGCCGGCUGCGGCUUUGAUGGCAGUCGGAAUCAUGACCUAAGAUGAGGCAUUGCUUAGCAUAGUAAUAAUGAGACAAAGAUAUCCCACGACAA